AUGGCAACGGUUGUGGCCUGUGUAAACGCUUUUGGAUCUUUUAUACCUCCAGUAUUGAUUUACAAACGUGUAAAUCUGAACCCCCAUUUAUUAACCGGGGCUAUUCCAGGAACCAUAGGAAUUCCUCGCCUCACCGGUUGGAUAGAUACGGAUAUCUACUUUAAGGUGGUAGAGCAUUUUAUUAAAUCAGUUCGAGCUAGUAAGGAUAACCCAACGCUACUUAUUGUUGAUGGACACAGCAGCCAUAAAUCUUUAAAGGCAGUAAAUUUGUGUCGAGAGCAUGGCAUUGUUGUAAUAACGUUACCACCACAUUGCACUAAUCGCCUUCAGCCCCUUGAUCUCACGGUGUUUGGUCCUUUUAAAUCUUAUUUAAAUUCGGAAAUGGAUAUUUGGAUGACCAACCAUCCAGGAGAACGAAUCACAGAAUAUGACAUGGGUCCUUUAAUAGGCAAUGUAUUCAUGAGAGCAGCUACUCCUAAUAAUAUUUGCAGCGGCUUCAGAACGUCAGGUAUAGGUCAGGUCCAUAACGGCAUGAAAACGUCAGGUCCAUACAAUCCAAAUGUUUUUUCCGAUGACGACCACGCCGCAGCAGAUGCAGUUAACGCUGGUUUGAUGGAAGUAUUAGGUGAUGAAUAUGAAUAA